UCUGGCCCGACUCCAAAAACCGAAUAGCGUGACUUCUGUUCGCGAGUGGAACAGCAGCCGCGAGAAGCCGUCGCGCGUUUCGUUCAUUAUUCCCGCCGUGUAUCUCUCCUCUCUUGUCCGUGUAACGUCGCCGGUCGUCGAAUAACGAUCGCGCGAACACGCAGCAGCCGUAAACGUAUUUUCCCCGGUGACUCUUCCGACGAGGAAACCGCUCGCAGAACAACGGGCGCAACGUGAUCAUCAACCGUCGUCGGGCGCAUUGCGUCAGCUAAAUCACGCCCGAAUGGUGCCGUCGAUCUCUCGCAUUACGGUCUCGCGAUCGGAGCUGUAAAUGACGGAUCGAUAUGUGUCGCCCGAAGUGAACAUUGAGCUGACCAAGGAGGAGAUUCACAAUAGAUACCAGGACGCGGCACUUGUUAUACACAAAGAGCAGCAGAGCAAAAAGGACGCGGCGAAUUAUUUGACUUUCGGUAGCAGCCGACGAACCAUGGAGUACAGCAGUUACGGGAACCAACCUGUGAUCGUGAGGAGGCCGGCCGGCGCUGCUUUGGCUGUUCAAAGCACCUCGGACGUGUCCUCGCAAUUGAUGAGGAUAUACCGAAAGCCUCGGGAAAGUUGUGUGAUUCAUUAAGUAAAAUGGCUUCGCUUUAAAUGUUGUACACUGUUGUAAAUAAACAUACGUUCGUGUCGUGUGUCGCCGUU